AAGAAAAAAGUCCAAAUCUAAAUAUCGUUAUCUACACUCCAAACAAAAAGAACCCUCAUACACACAACUCAUCAUUCCACCACACACACACACCCUUCUUUGUUUUCCCCCACACUCAAUUUCAUAAAGUAAGUUUUGUUUUCAACAUCCAUAUAUAUACAUCAUAACCACCUCACUUUUCUCUUCAAAUUUUAACAAUUCCUCUCUCAAUUUCUCACUCCUUCAACCAUGGAAGAAAAGCACACCCAUAUCAUGAAAGAUUCAAACUAUGUGAAAUCCCAACAAGAAGAAGAGGAAGAAAAGGAGGAAGCACUUUCCUUAUGUGACCUUCCACUUCACAAUUACAAUUCAACAAGCUUGAACGACGACGAGUCGUCAUUGAAGAACAAUCUUCAAUUUCAACCGUCGUCGUUACUCGAUACCAGCGAGUUCUUCAACGGCUUCAGCAGCAGUGGCAGCUCCGACAUGUGUCCCGCCGACGAAAUCAUUUUCCGCGGCAGGCUAGUCCCCUUCAACGAAAAAGACAAAACUCAUGAUCCAGAAUCAGCAGACAAAAAAGUCCCACAUCGCCGAAGAUCAGAAUCACUAUCCUCCGUGACACGUUCAAAUAGCGAGAGCACCACCACCACCACCGGCACCGGUUCCCGCCGCCACCUUAUGAGAAGCAGCAAGUCGUUGAAUUACACCAGGCUGAAAGAAUCGGCGGCGCCGGAGGUUCACCGGAAUUCUUCAUCCAGGAGCGCGGCUCCGCCGUCGGAGAAGAAGGCGACGAAGCCGCGGUGGUACUCUCUGAUGUUUGGGGCGAUGAAGGUCCCGCCGGAGAUGGAGCUCAACGACAUGAAGAACCGGCAGGUUCGCCGGAAUCCGUCGACGUCCAUGUUCCCGGCAGCAGACCACGGUGAGAAGGUGGCGGAGAAUCGGAGCUCCGGCAAGGUGUCGUGGAGAAUCCUGAAGGCACUCAGCUGCAAGGACCAUCGCAGCGUGGCGGUAACGACGACGUCGUUUGCUAUGCCUCAAGCGUCGUGACACGUAGGCUUUGGUGGCACGUGACACGCACGCUUAAUCUCGUUAUCUUGACGUGAUUGCCCUUGCGGUUUUGAUGGAUGACACGGACGUUGAUGUUGUUAUUUGGGGUAUUUUGGUAAUUGAAAUGUUGCUUGAAGUAGAGGUUAAUAUAAUAUUGCCUUCACGUAGAAGGAUAUUUAUUCUGUGUACAGUGGCGGUCCAUGGAGAAUCAUAGUCGCUCUCAGCAAGUGAGAGGAUUUUAAUUAUUUUAUUUUAUUUUAUUUUUAUUUUGAAAUUUCAAAGUUUCUUUGGUUGGUUUGUUGGGUAUUUAUUAUAGUAGUGAAUGACAAUCACGAGAAAUCCGACAAUGACACAAAGAAAAAAGAAUGGCUGCUUGCAUUGUAUUUUGCCUCCAAAAUUUAACAAAAAUUGGAAAGUUGCUAUUGAAUGA